AAGCUUUUGUGUAGAGGUAUUUCUGUGCAGCCAUACAGCUCUGCAUUUGUAACUCUUGUCAGAUCUGUUGUCUUUGUAAUUUAUUACGUUUGGGAACUGUCAAGUCAUAAAGUUUACUUGGAUAAAAGAAGAUAAGAAAGCUGAAUCUGAGUCUGUGUUCUUGUACCUUUAAUUAAUAUGGCUGAACUUGAGAGGACUAGUGAAAAGUCCAAGAAACCGAAGAACAUGUCAGCUGAGAUUGUUGGGACAAGUCUUUUCCAUCAUAUUCUUAACAGAAGGAUGAUUCUGUCUGCCAGAGAAGAAAUGAAAUCUUUGCUUCACCGGUUGAUCUUUGUGGGUAAAAUCUCUCCGGAAUUGGCUGAUAAGAGGGAUUUGGCAGAGUAUUGGGAGGAGAUGUUUCAGAAUGUACAGCGGUAUUACCAGGGAGAAGGCAUAACAGGGCUGCUUCUGAUUUAUCCAUCAUAUGUUAUUCAUAUUCUGGAGUCAUCCUGUGAUGUUCUUUAUUCAGUGAUUAGAGACUUGAAAGAUAUGCAAAAACAAGGAAACAGAGCCUUGAUUCUGGAACCUAGAAUUCUAGUGGUAUCACAUGACAUUCCUACCAGACUGUUCUACCACUGGAGUUAUAAGGUUUUGAACCUAACAGCAAGAUGGCUGGGUGACAUUUCUUCAAAUGAACCAGUGGAAAGAAUUGUCAAUGACUGCUUAGCUUUAUUACUCAAGCUUGGAAAACACCUGCAGAGCUCACCAAAGAACUCCAGAGUUGUGCCAGAUUCCCUCAUAGAUAAAGUCCCAGAGUUAAUUGUGCCUCAGGAUACCAUUAAACACCUGCUGGAUCGGAAUGAGCUUCUUACCCCUGAGAAAUUCCUGCAAGCAUAUGACUCACCUUUAAAUAUUGUAAUGGACUCAGAACGUGUCUGGCCUUCACCAGUCCAUAUAGCACCAGUUUAAAAGGAUACAUGGCACAGAGGCCCACCAAUGUUUUAUGCCACUGGACAUUCCACAUUUCAUGUCUUAUUUUCCAGGAAAUUCCAUUAAGAAUACAAACCAACUUCAGGACAUACUGAAAGAUUGCAUUUAUGCAACUUUCAUUGGAGACUUUAGUUUCAACAGCAGUUUUUACAUGAAAACACAUGCCCAUUUUGUACACAUAAUGUUUUUCUACAAAGCUUUAAAUAAUAUAUGCUUUUUUUGUGUGGUUUAUGUAUGUUCUUCUUGACUGUAUUUUUAUUGCAUUGUUCUUACCCAGUCUGGUGCCGAAAAGGGCCUUACCUGGUUGACAAAUUAGUACAUGGUCAAAUUAGUUAUAUAUCCGUAAAACUGACAUGUUAGGAAAAAACUAAUGGCCUAGUCAGUCUACCCAACACUUCUUAUUCUACUAAAUUCCUGCUGCUAAUCUGUAACAGAUUUACUGCAUAUGCAUUUUUUUUCCUUUUGUUCUGGCACAUACUAUCUCCUUCUGUUCAUUUUACACCCUAGAUCUGUUUCACUGGCAUGUUCAUAGAUCCUUAGUACUCUUAUCUUUUGGAAUCGGUUCUUGUUAUUUCAUUUGUUUGACAUGAGAAUGAGAAUGUUAGCUGGUCUAGUCUGCAUUUGACAUUCUAGUUGUAUCUCCAUCUUUUCUCAACUCCCACUAUCUACCUGUCCUAUUAUGUUUUGCAUGUCUUAGGUUCAAGCUGAAAUUCAAAUUUCAGUUUAUUUUAAUGUUUGUUUUCUAAGCAGUGUACAAAAUAAGAUGUGGUACAAACUGCGAAGCAAAUUAAACUAAAAAGUUUGUUGUUGUUACAUGUGUACAGCCUGCUAACACACACUAAAUAAUAAAUCAUACUAUAUAACAAAGAAAUUUAAUAAAGCCAAAAUAUCACCAAAGAUAUAAUCAAUUACAAUGAAUCAGGUUAUGUUUAGUAACACUGAAAAACAGGGCAACAUUAAACAAAUGAAUAUGAAGGUAUUGAAUAAGCAGCCUCUUAUUUAAUAAUUGAUUUAUAACGUCUGGCAUCACUACAGCAGCAGAAGGAUCAUUUGUGAUCUUUUCCCAGCCACAGAAUUCCAAGUCUAAAUGAAAUACAACACACUUUCUAGAAAAUACUGUUUUAGCUGAAUCCCAUAUGUCACAAUGAAUACUUUCCACUAAAACAGCAAGCAUCCAUAUCCUUUAAACAAACUGCAUAACAAAACAAUGAAGGACAAUAUUACUUGAACUGAAUGAGGAGAACGUUUGCUUGACACACUCAUUUAAAACAACCAUCUCCAAAACACAAGUGAUGUCCCUUUUAUCAUGCAGUAUUAUUAAGAAAUGAGAAAUAGUACACAACAUGUACAUAGCUGUUGUAAUGAUAAAACUCUGCUAAAAUGAUUAGUAAAAUCUGAAAAUAUAUCUGAAAAAAGUAAAACAGGAAAUACACACAUUCAGCUACCUCCAGUACCAAAACCUCACCUAAGAGAUAGAAGUAGAAACACUGAUUCCAGUACUGGCAAGGCAGUAGCUGAAACUAUCAGUGCAAACAGAAAAAUGACAGAAAAAAAAACUAGAGGCCUGAAAUAUUGUUUCAAAUUAAAAUAACAAAACAAAGACAUCAAACAGAUCUGAAGAGUGUGCAAUAAAGUUUACAUGUAAAAUUGAUACAAUAUCCGCAGGAUAACAUCCAAAGUUAAACAUUUUAUUGUUAGAACAGUAAACAACUCAGCCUGGAAUCUGAAUAACUAAAAUAGCAAAACCUUGCUUGCCAGUCUGUAGGAUAGACAUCUGACACCAUCUUUGGACUAAAACACCAUUCACAUGUGUCUGUAGAUUCUUUCUUUUUAGCGCACAUUCCAUGGGUCUAUAGCCAUCUAGGAGAAGAAAUCAGUUUUGCAGAUUCUAGUUGGAAUUUUGCCCAAUAAUUUGCUGACUGCCAUGAAAGGCUUGUUGCCUCUCUCUCUCUUCCCUGUCCUCCUUGCCUUGGGUGACCCUUCAUAAUUCCCUUGCAUAAUCUUGUACACCCAUAUCAUAUCCCGUCUUUCCCUUCUUAGAACCUCAGUAACUGCUCUAUUUUAGAUACAUCCCCCUUUAUCACACAAACCUAUGUGGUUCUAUAUCUUUGAACUCUUUCAAACACCUUAAUCUUGCCCCCCCCCACACACUCUGACCUGUGUAACCUCCAAAAUUGCACACUUGAUCAACUUGUGUCCAGAUGGUGCCCAGAACAGAUGCUUCAGUAUUCUGUUUGCUGCUGCCACAUUGUUGUCAUUCUGCUCCUUGUGGUCUAAUUUAGGUGUGAUAAGCAUCAGCCCCCAUUCCUGCUUCCCCACAGUUGAUAUCUUUCACUAGCAUUGCUAUGGCCUAGGUGAAUACUAGGCUAACUGUCUAAAGGGCCAUUCUAAGUCUAGCCAAUAACCCACGGUCAAAAUCAAAUUCUGUACCUUGUGUUUAUAAUUUAAAAAGCUUAACCAUUAUGCCAAACCCACACCUCCUGUGUGCAUAACUUUCCACUUAUUUUUAAUUAUUCAUCAAUUUUAGUCUUUCUGCCCAUGUAAUCAACUUUUCCAGUCUUUUUUUCAUACUUCCUUUCUUCUAUCACUGAUGAACCAACACAUCUGUACUCUGCCCAGAGGUUGUUUCUGUUUGUCUACCUCAGUUACCUGAGAAAUAAAUGCAUUAAAGCAUGCAGAGCCCAGAGCUAUCAUAAGUCACUUUAGUUCAGUACCUUAAAUUUGAUCCCACCAUCAAUGAAGGACAUUCCUAAAUCCAGAUAUGUAGAACUGAACCAGAUGCUUUGUUAAAUUCCACAGAUUAUAUCUGCUAGAACUUUCUAAUUACACAGUCAUAAGAGUGGACUGCAUUUCCCUCAGCAAUUCCUUCUAGUGACAAAAUUAUGAUAGUUGCUGCACUGAAGGUUGCCAUUUUCUAAGAACUCUACAAGCCAGUCAUUUAUGUUAACAGGCCUGUAGUUCCUCGCCCUUGUAUUUUUGCCAGCUCUCCUCUGAUGUACAGGAGUGCCGUACUUUCCAGCUUCCAGUCUUCUGCUACAUGUUUUGGACUGGAAACUGUUGAAUGUAUCAUUAGGUUCUCAUUCAGAAUACCAGCCACAUUUUUGAGAAGCCUUGGUGGAUGCUGAAUGUUCCGUCUGUGUUAUGGUUCUUAGAGCAACUGAAUGCCAUUUUAUUUCAUCCUCCCUCUUUACUCUGGUACCUGUCCAAUGUUUGUUCCCAUCUGGUCUAGCUUAGUACCAUCUCAUGAUGGUACCCUGUCUUUGUUCCUUUGUAAAAACAAAUGCAAAUUAUUUAUUCAGUACUUCCUUCUUGCCCUGUUUGGCGUAUCUCCCAUUCUUAUGUAGUCUGGACAAGUCUGUUUCCCUCUUCCUUUUGGGAGUAUGUUCUAAAACUGCCUUUAACCUUUCUGAUUCAUUGUGUUAACUUCUUUUAUGAUUGUCUUUUAGCUGCUUUUACCUCUGUUUAUCUCAUUGUAUUGUGCUUCCCAGACAUCCAUGCACCCUUCUCUUCCACUUCUUAUAUGUCCUUUCCUAAAAACUAAUUUCCAGCUUCACAUUCCUAUGUAGCCACAUUUGUCUUUCAUCAGUUUUUUACCUUUUGUCUUUUCUUUAAACUUGCCUAGCCCUACGUGCUCUCUCUUUGGUUCGUUCACAUAGUUUGGUCACUCUCUUAAGUUGCUUCUAGUCUCAUAACUAAAUGUUAACACCCUCCCUGGCACAGCAUAAUCUCCUCCUUUUUGGCAGCUUGUGUACUUUUGUCAUGAUCUACAUUCAGUUUGAAGUCCCAGAUUUGUAGUUUCCUGCUUCUGGUGUUCUAAAUGGAGAAACAGUAUUCUGUAGUGAGUCAAGCAUUUUUGUCUUUGCUCCUGUCUGAGUUACCAUCAAUACUUGUCUUCUCCUCACACUUCUUUAUGGCACUCUUAUCCUUCCUAACCUUCAAGCAUCACAAAAAUCAAAACAUGAACAACGCUAUAACAAAGCAAAUACCCCUUUCAAAACCCUCCACUGGG